AUGUGAUAGUGUUCGUAAAAUAAAGAAGAAAACGACAACAUCCGCUAGCAGUUCGCUUUAGUUUACCGGUUAGCAGGACCACAGACGUCUCGUGUAUCGGUGUAAGAGGUUUCUCAAAGAUGCCAGUGGCAGUCAUGCUGGGAGAACAUUAUGAGAAGCUUCUGGAGCAGUGUGAGACUCAGGAGCUGGAGGCUCCAGGUGGCAUUGCAACUCCACAAGUGUAUUGCCAGCUGCUGUCUCUCUACCUGCUACACAAUGAUAUGAACAACGCCAGGUAUCUUUGGAAGCGGAUUCCACAAGCAAUCAAAACGGCAACCCCAGAACUGGCCGCUAUUUGGACAGUAGGACAGUGUAUUUGGCAGAGAGAUUUCCCAGGCAUCUACAGUGCAAUUGCUGCCCAUCAGUGGUCUGAACCGGCUCCUGUAAUGGAGUCUCUAAGAGAGUCUACCCGUAGGAGGGCAUAUGGCCUUGUAGCUCAAGCAUACACCUCAAUCAGUGCAGAGGACUUUGCCUCCUUUGUGGGAUAUUCUGUGGAAGAAGCUGUAAAGGGCGUUAUCAGUCAUGGGUGGCAGGCGGAUCCCAACGCCCGGAUGAUAAUUCCACAGAAACCAGAUCCCCCGGUUUCAUUGGUUCCAAACGAGCAGCAGCUGGCCAGACUCACUGACUACGUGGCCUUCCUUGAGAACUGAUCCCCCCCUACUCUUACCCCCACCCUCUUUUAAUCUUCACAGCUAAACUUUGUAAUUUCGAAGGUCUUAAGUAUGUUCUUCCUGUUUUUGACUGAGUGACAUGCAGGACUUUCCCAGAUGCUAGUCACACUAUGCAUGUGUUGCUUGAUUUGGAUUUCAUUUAGCAGUGGUUUAACUUUAUUUAGCCCACGCUCCUUUUUUUUUUUUCUUUUCUCAUUAAUUUGCACAGAACAAUUCCUUUGUUCUACACGUCACGAUGGUUUCCAUGUUUUAUGGUGAAGAAUUUCUUCUUAAAGCUCAGGCUAUGAUGCCCGGGCGAAAAAAAUUAUUCAUUUUGUAUUCGUUUCUGAAGGUACAAUAUAAAAGUAUAACGAGAGUGCACAUUUGGCAAAAUCAAACCAUGCGCGUGUUAGGUGUCAUACAUACACUGACGUUUGUGCACUAGGAAUAAACCCAGUAGUGUUCAGUGCUACAUGUAUUGAAAUAAGGUUUAAUCGGCCAGAAUUCACUAAAGAAAUAAAGACCAUAUCCAAACUUU